AUGCACUUCUCCUCUCUUCUUCCUGCUAUUCUCGCCAUCAGCGGCAUGGCCACUGCAUCGGCAAUACCUUCUCCUUUCAUCGAGUCCAGACAAAGCAGUCCAGCCGCGGGUAUCGUCUACUCCAAGUGCAGCAAACCCGGUGUCUUUGCCCUUGCCUUCGACGACGGACCCGGCCAAUACACCGAAGAACUCAUCAAGACAUUGAACGCCGCUGGAGCAAAGGCCACCUUCUUCUUCACCGGCACCCUUUACGGCUGCAUUUACAACCGCGCUUCCGCUGUAAAGGCUGCCUACGCUGCUGGCCACCAAGUUGCCUCGCACACCUGGACACACCCGCAGACGUUGGAUAGCAUGAGUGUAGCUCAACUCACCACCGAGAUGCAGAAGCUUGAAACCGCACUCGUCAACAUCAUCGGCGUCAAGCCCACUUACAUGCGUCCUCCUUACCUUAAGACCGGUGGCAAUGUGCCUACUGCUAUGAGGAAUCUUGGCUACAAAAUGAUCACCGAUAGCGUGGAUUCACAAGACUGGAAUGGGCUUUCGGCUUCUGCAUCUGAGCAGAAGUUCCGCAGUGCCGGACCUAGUACUUCGGAUGGCAAGGGACAUAUUUCGCUGUUGCAUGAGACUUAUGCGAGCACUGUCAGGGAUUUGGUGCCUAGACUGAUCAAGUGGGCCAAGGAAAAUAAUUUGAAGAUGGUUACGGUUGCGGAGUGUCUUGGUGACACAAGUGGUGCUUAUGCAAAGGGAACUGGUGGUGGUUCUCAGACGUGCUAG